CGCACGGCGCACGGUCGCGAGUUUCCCGGCGCGGCCGUUCGCGCGAUAGAGGGCGGCAGUAUUCGUUUACCCGUCGGUCUGUGUGGUCGCCUUGCGGCAUAGUCUGUGAUUUUUUUUAGUGUAGCUCCUGUUAAUCCAAGUUAAUCGACUAUGGCCGAUCAACUAACAGAAGAACAAAUCGCUGAAUUCAAAGAAGCGUUUUCACUAUUCGACAAAGAUGGUGAUGGCACCAUCACCACAAAAGAGUUGGGCACUGUGAUGCGAUCACUAGGACAGAACCCCACAGAAGCAGAACUACAAGAUAUGAUAAAUGAAGUUGAUGCUGAUGGUAAUGGAACGAUAGACUUUCCCGAAUUCCUGACGAUGAUGGCGCGGAAGAUGAAGGACACGGACAGCGAGGAGGAGAUCCGCGAAGCGUUCCGCGUCUUCGACAAGGACGGAAACGGGUUCAUCUCGGCCGCCGAGCUGCGCCACGUCAUGACCAACCUCGGCGAGAAGCUCACCGACGAGGAGGUCGACGAGAUGAUCCGCGAGGCCGACAUCGACGGCGACGGACAGGUCAAUUACGAAGAAUUCGUCACCAUGAUGACGUCGAAGUGAGCCGGCGGCUAGUGUGUGUGUAAAAGAAUAAAAAUACACUUUUGUUUCAUGACACACAAUAUUAACAUCGUAUUGGACCUGCAUUUCUCUAGUGUUUGCGAUAAAUUAAAUAUUGUCAUCGUUUCAGUUUAAUGGUAUAAUUGUAUAGCGGCGAGGACUAGACUUAAAGUAUUCCGUUAAUUUAACUAUGCUAAGGAGACAAGAGUGUGGGUGUGUGCGUGCCUCCGUGUCGCGGCGCUAGCGUCCGCACCUUUUAAUGUAUUUUUUUUAGUAUGAGAUAUUUAUAAUUACGUGAGAUAAAUUUGCAAACCCAACAAGUCGGGCGUCGGCCGGUCCUCGCCGGCGGAUCCCUUUCGCCUCCAUCCUCGUCUCGCGUCGAGGUCUUUUAUAUUUAUUAAUAAACUGUGUUGUAGUCCAAAUUAAUUAUGUAAGUCAUUAUAAAUUAAUAGCGUUAAAAGAUAUAUUCUGCGUCGACUCGUCGGCGCUUCCCGUAUAAAUGUAAUUAAUAAUAAUUAUCUUAUAAUUGUAAAUUGACUAGUUUCACUAUUCAUCUCUCGCAUCUGUGUAAAGUCGUCGUAUUUACGGUAUUUAUAAAGAGGUAAAAGUUUACUCGAAGCUUAAUAAUCGUUAAUCUAACAUAAAUAGUGGAACUACGAGUCGGGGCGAAGGCCCGGCCGCCGCCCGGUCGCUUCGGAAGCUGUAAAUGUCUUGAUAAAUAUUAUAUUUCUAUUGUGGAACUAAAUAAUUGUAUCGAAAUUUGACGAAUCCACUCUGUUGUUGAAUUACAUUUAAUUCAUUCUGUUAUUCAAUUUUACAAAAGACAUACUGAAAAUAAAUGUUUCUUCAUUUUUAGGUCAAUAAG